AAGCAGUGAUUCGAAGAGUAAUGGGUUUCAUCACUAAUUCGGAAUAUGGGGAGCAUCUGAAGAAAAACUUAGAUGUAUUGGUAAACAAUGGAAAAAUAGGCCUGUCCAAGUUUGCACCAGAUGAUAUACAGUCGAUACCAAAUAAAUACCUGGAAGUAGUCAAAGGUUACAAAUUCUACCACUUUUGCAUUAAUGUCCCUUAUGCAGCCCGAGUUUUGAAUUGGGAGGUUAUCUUUGAUCCGGAGGACUAUUCGGAGCUCCCCGAUUUCGAAUUUAAUGAUAACACCUUCUUACCAGAGCCAGACAUUGAUUAUAUAGCAGAGAAUGUUCCAAGCUGGGAUGCUUGGGACUUGACCAACUCACAGUCAUUGCUAAAUAUUUUAAAUGAGUUUUUAGUUCUUUAUAAAAAAUCACAGAUUGAUAUCUUAGAAAAGCAGAACAAGUUUGUGAACUGGAAAGAACAAUAUGAGGAACUGUUAACUACGUUGAACUUAACUGCAGAUGACAUCGAAGUGCAUAUUGAAACGAAAAACGAACCUGACAACAGUGGGAAUUCUGAGUUGAUAAUUCAUGUGUUGAGUUUUCUCAUAGUACUACCGAUAAAUUUGAGUCCAUUGCCCCAAUAUGCUCAGGACGAAAUGGGCGUAAUAUCGGAGAAUCCUGGCGAUGAUUUCGUUCAAUUAAGCUUUUUAGUUAAAGGACGACAGACUAAAAUUUCCUUAUCUAUAAGUCCGAAAGCCGAAUUGCUGAUGGGAAAACUCAGAUUGCCGGUGUUUCGCAACGAGACAUUAGCCAAAUAUGCACUUACAGUUCAAGCACUAAUUGAAAGUGAAAUUAAAUCAAUUGCCCAUCAUAUCGUAGAAUGCGACACUACCAGGUUCAGCAAAAUUAAUUUCAUAUUUGAAGAACUAGAAGACUAUGAUUGUUUGGUUACAAUCCAACUGAAUGGGACAUUUCCACAUGAAGCGCCCAAAGUGAAGGUGCAUUCAUUGUAUUGUCAAGUGGGAUCAAGUUGUGUGCGAACGGUCUUGUGCCCAUAUGAUCCAAAGACAACUGCAGAAGAAAAUGUGGCGGUGCUUCGAGUUCGAUUGCUUCGAGAUGUUGAAAUGUUUAAAAAUCAUACACACUAACCGCAUCGAUCUGUUUUCAAUUAUUUUAGAGACUGUGUUUCAGUUCCAGUAAAUGUUAAUUGUAUAUA